GGUGUACCAGCGGGCCUAACUCGAAGAAGAAGAGGAAGAGGAAGAGGAAGAAGACCAACAACAAUAACGAGAGGAAAAGACGAUGAAAAGAUCUGUAAAGUGAAUAUCUGUGAAGACUGAAGUGUUUUUCUUUACAGUAAUGUCUCAACCACAGCCUCCUGCAGCAAACCCCCAGGCGGUCCUUCAGCAGCCUCCUCCUCCUCCACAGCAGCAGCAGCAGCAGCAGCUCAACCAGCAGCAGGAUUUCGACCCAGUUCACAGGUUUAAAAUGCUGAUUCCGCAAUUAAAAGAGAGUUUACAGAAUGUAAUGGCAAUCGCUUCGCAAAAUUUUUCACACAAUACUGCAAUUGAUAACGGAAUUGCAGUGAGGGCAGAAAAGCCACUCUCUCCAAGAAAGAGUAAUGAUUCCACGGUUCAGCGAUUUGACAAGAGUUUAGAAGAGUUUUACGCCCUCUGUGAUCAACUGGAACUCUGUUUGCGCCUGGCUCAUGAGUGCCUCUCUCAGAGCAUUGACAGUGCCAAACACUCUCCAAACCUGGUGCCUACAGCAACCAAACCUGACACAGUGCAAACAGAGUCCCUGUCUUACUCUCAGUAUCUCAGUAUGAUCAAAUCUCAGAUAUCUUGUGCUAAAGACAUCCAUAAUGCUUUGCUGGAAUGCUCCAAGAAAAUAGCAGGAAAGAGUCAGCAGCAAGGCAUCCUUUAACAGUGCUCAUGUGCUGUGAAUUUUCACGUUGUCAGAUUGUCCUGAGAAGGACAAUGUUUUUAGAUGGGGUUUGUAAAUAAUAAUAACACAAAAUACAAUUUUGGUUUACAGAAGUAUACAGUUUGAUAUUAAAAAUGCACAUACUUGUUGAUUGCUUUAUUAAAUGGUGAUGCUCUGUGCAUUGAUCAAUACCCUGGCUUUUGUUUGUAUUUCUGGGCUUAGAAAUUGUGGAAUUUAUAAUACAUAUCCUAACAGGUAUAAAAAUAAGAUUAAAAUGAACACUGAAUUGACAGCAAUAUAUUCACCCUGGUCAUUCAUACUCUGAACAACAGUUACAGUAAUUAAUAGUCAAAGUGAAAUGUAUGCUUAUUUAAUUUUUAUGCUUAUUAUGUUUAAGGAUGUUGUAUAUUAUUAUUGUAUACUGUAUACACACACACACAUAUACACUACUCACAAAAAGUUAAGGAUAUUCAGCUUUCGGGUGAAAUUUCAGGAUGCACCUAAAAUGCACUAUAACCUUUACAGGUGAACUUAAUUUGACCUUCUCUACACUUUUGAAUGCACAUGUCCAACUGUUCAGUGUUUCAGUACUUUUUGCAGAACUUGCUGUUCUCUAACAAGGUGCUUAAUGGCAAAAUUCACAACUGGUGUUUGAUCCAUGAAUCCACCAAUAAAUUUUCUGGUUCAGUUAGAAUUGGUAUUUAAACAGUCCUCUUCAUCAUGCUGUUCACAUUUUCACAUCAAGACCACACCUAACAAUUGAUCAACAGAACCUCACCAUUGUGAGGCUUCAAACAGGAUGUUCUCAGAGGGAAGUGGCCACUGAGCUUAGAGUGUCACAGAGUGUCAUCAGCAGGUUGGGACAGAGAUACAGAGAGACUGGAAGAGUCACAGAAAGGCAUAGAAGUGGCCACAUCCCACGUUGAUGACCGCUUCAUUGUGAACAGUGCCCUGCAGAACCGGAUGAAUGAAUGCCACUCAACUCCAGGCACAUUUAAGGGGGUGAGAGGCACCUAAGUGUCACGUCAGACCAUUCGAAACCUGCAAGGGUACCUGACCACACCACCAGGCACAGGCAUCAGGAAUGCCAUGCCUCAGCAGACAAUAAAUCGACUCGUGAACAGCAUGAGACGUCGUUGUCAAGCUGUAAUUGAUGGUCAAGGGCACAUGACAAAUUAUUGAGACAUUGAGAUUUUUUGUUGUGGUAUACCCUCCACUGUUGUUGGCUUUUGUUUCAAUAACUUGUUUGAGAUGAGGAAAUCACCAUUGCAUGCUUCUACUUAAAUGCCCUACUUUCAUGAUAUAAUAUCACUGUAGUGUGAACUUUUUACAUUUUCCAUAAAUUUCACCCAAAACCCAAAUAUCCUUAACUUUUUGUGAGUAGUAUGUAUAUAUAUAUAUAUAUAUAUAUAUAUAUAUAUAUAUAUAUAUAUGAGAUGUAUGCAAUUAGGGGAUAAGUGAACCGGUGCAUUAUAAGGUGCAAAUAUGUUUCCUUUUGUUAAUGUAAUGACUGAUACAUGUUGCUAUCAAGGAAAAUGCUGCAAGAAUGUGGUUUACAGCUCAAUUUAUUUGGCCUUGUGUCUACAAAUACUCAGAAGGCACUGGCAGCUGGUGGUUUGUAAAAUAGGGGUGGCUGUUAUUGAAGUAAGUGGACACCUGACCAUCAUACCCAUAUGUGAUUCUUCCCCAAAAUGUUGCUACAAAGCUGGAAGCACCCAAUUGUAUAUAUUAUACCUUUAUUGGCUGUAGCAGCAAGGUUUCCCUUCAUUAGAACUAUGAGGCCCAAACCUGUUCCAGCAUGCCAAUGUUCCUGUGCAUAAAGCAAGCUGCAUAAAGGAUGUUGUGAAAUAGGUGUGCAAAUCAAGUGUCAAGCCCUGACCUUAACCCCACUGAACAAUUUAAGAGAAUUUUGUGGCAGACAUUCCUACAGCAGUGCUCCAACAUCUGGUGUAAAUCCAUAUUAAUGCCCAUAGAUUUGGAAUGGGACACUGGACAAGCACAUAGGGCUGUGAUAGUCAGGUGUCUAUUUAAGCAAUGAUACUGUAGUCAUAAGGUUGCUGGUAAUCCCAGCCAUGAUAUUCAAUACAACAACACAAUUGGGGGUGGGAUAUUACUUUUACACAAGAGUUCUAAAACAAUGAAUGAAUAUUGGGAACUAACAUUUCCAAUAAAAUAUGUUCACAUGGUGUUUA